AUGGGUCUCCUACCUCUCACCUACCGCCGACCGAUGUACGUCAACGACUCUGCCAGCGAAAGUUCCUCCGACGUAUCCGACAGCGGUGAUGAGAAGCAUAACGGAAAUUCAUUGUCAUUACGCUCCGGGAAGGCUGGCACGAUCCCGGGCAUCCCCGAGUCGCUGACAUUCGACAAAAUCAUCAACGGCGGCACAUGCCCUCCAUGCACUGUACGCGAUUUCAUGAACUACCUCAUCUACGUUGAGUUCUCUGCGGAAAAUCUGCAGUUCUUCCUCUGGCACCGCGAGUAUCAGAAUCGCUUCCGUGAGGCCAAGACUUCGGACCUGGCCCUUGCUCCGGAAUGGACCGAGGCCAUGGAGGCCGAAGUUCUCCAGCGCCUAUCCAAGGAGAAAUCGCAGAGAAUGCACAAGAAGCCCGGCCAGGAGAUCUUCAAAGGAACGUAUUUCGAGAAGAAGGGUCCCGCCGCUGCCAUCAUCGAGGAGUCCAAUGCUGCUAACCCUUUUUCCACCCCACCCCGAACUCCCAACGAUCAGGAAUCCGUCUAUACCGGCUCUCACGGCGCCUCCACCGCCGCCUCGUACCGCUCCCAGGCCAGUGAUGCUUUUACUGCCGCAGGCGCCAAGCAGCCCUUUUCGAUUCAACCGUUCCGCGAAGAAAUGGAUCGCGUCAUUGCCACUUAUAUCAUGGAGGGAGCGCCGCGACAGCUCAACUUGUCGGCCAAGGACCGUGAUGCUACCCUUCACGCACUGGCCUUUACCACGCACCCCAGUGCUUAUCGUCUCGCAGUCAAGGUCAUUGAGAACUCGCUCCGUCGGCAAGCACACCCCAACUUUAUCCGAUGGUCGAUCUGCAACGGCAAUCCCGCCCGUGUCUUCUUUGCCCGCGGUCUGGGUAUCGGUCUCAUCAUCGCUGCCUUUGUCGUCGCCAUCCUCGUCACCAUCAGCCGUGCAGGCCGCGGCUGGAGAGCGCUGGCCGCGAUCGGGUGGGUAUUGGGCAUCUCCACACUGGUUGCAGCCUACAAGGGCAUGUGUGUUGUUCUGCACGGCAUGCAUCACCGCCACGUCCGCCCUUGGGAGCUGUUUGUCGAUGAGGAAAACGAGAACGACCUCAAGAAGACCUCGUUCGAGUCGUUCGGAUCGGCCAACAGUUUCGAAUCUGAACCCUGGGUCAUCAAGUACAAGAAGCGCAACGUCGUCCGCAAAGUCUUUGACCGCGAGGUCUGGAUCGAGGAGCCUGCUCUGCGCACCAUCCAGGAUACCAUUUUCGUGCAGGCCAUGCUGUGUGCCCUGCUUGUCGGUGGCGUCUUUGCCGCCAUAUUUGUCGCGAUUCCCAGCAACGGCUUCUUCUAA